UGUACAUUAUUGAAUACAGGAUGAAGAUGUGACAUAUAUAGGACAUUGGCAAUGGCUGCCAAAAACUGAGAAGAAGAAGAAGAAGAAGAAAAAUGGAAACUUGAGAUCCUAAAUUUAAUUAAUCAGUCAUUGAGAAGGAACAAUGAAAAUACAGUGUGAGGUGUGUGAGAAAGCAGAGGCAGAGAUUUUGUGCUUUGCAGAUGAAGCAGUUAUAUGUAGAGAAUGUGAUGAAAAGGUCCAUGCAGCCAACAAGCUCUCCUCCAAACAUCAACGUGUCUGUCUGCUCAAACACUCCCCAUCUUCUUCUUCUUCUUCUUCCUCGUCUUCUCAUCUUCCUCUGUGCGACAUAUGCAAGGAAAAGAAUGGAUGUUUCUUUUGCUUGGAGGACAGGGCAAUACUUUGCAGGCAAUGCGAGGUCUCCACACACAAGGCUAGUCCUCCCUUCCUUUCAUCCCAUCAACGAUUCCUAAUUGCAGGGAUAAAAGUUUCCCUUCAGUCUUCGAUCAAUGGCCCCGACCUAAGUAGUACUAGUCUAAGAAGAGAAAAUUGUCAGAGCUUCAGAGACUUAAUGUUUACUGAAAUAUCAGCUACCUCUAGCACUGAAGCUAAUAUGGAGACGACGGGACCCUGUUGGCCUUUGAAUGAGAUCCUCGGUGCUCAUGAUUUUUGCUAUGAUUUCUCUGAUAUGGAGUCAUCCAAGGCUACCGGCAAUGGCAGUUUUUCUUGAUCCUCCUUGAUCAAUUGCUUAUUUAGUUAUUCCAAGUGUCUUUGACAAUCUUGUUCGUCUUUGUCCUGUAAAAUCUGUAGGUGUGAGGCACCAAAUCAUUUGUAAUAAUAGUCCUUAACUUCCAUAAAUUUCUUCAUGGUAGCUUUCUUUACAUUUAUGGGGAUGACAAUGAGACGAGGGUGACAAAAGUUGAACCAACUUCGACCUAAUCGGUUAGUUUAAAAUGGGUCUUCAAAAACCACCCACAACUUGCUUAUUUUGGUCUCAAAAACACAGGAGAAUAGAUCACCAUUUUCGUC